UUGCAUUUUCCACCCACUCUCAUUUUUCUUCUCUCGGUGCUGGAACACCUGACGCCUCUAUAAUCAGCGUUUUACUUUCGAAAAAAAGUCACUGUAACGUUAUUCAAUCAUGAUGCUUCCUCCACGCGCAUAUGUUUUCAUCGGCCUCAAUGCCGUCCGGAUUCUCAGCAUUAUUGCCAUGCUCCUUGUGUUUGCGAGCUCAAUAUUUGUGCUCGUUAAUGAUGUGGAAGCGGUGAACAACUUCAUGAAAAACGCCAGCGACCAAGACUUUGCAGACUGUGAUUACAUAGAGAACAGUACAGUUCCAAACCAACCCGCAGGCGUCUUCUGGGCAGUCGUCAACCGCCUAUUCAUCAUUUUCCAGAUUAUUGUGCUCAUCCUCUCCGAGGUUGGCUGGCCGCUUGCCUUCUUCGACCGGUACUUCCCCGUGCUGGGCAGUGGCUUCGGCCUCGGCCCACUGGGCGUGUUCCAAUGUCUGAUCGGCGCGACGAUCCUCUCGCACCACGUCGACGACUUCACGCUCGUCGCCGCGUUCUUCCUCUUCGCGCUCGGCUGCCUCAACAUCGUCCUCGGUCUCGUCUUCCGCGAGAGCGCCAAGGCGCGCCGCAGCUUUACGUCCUGGCGCACCGACGUGAACGAUGCGCGCCCGCGUUUCGCGCGUCCCCAGUCCGGCUUCGUCGCGGGCAUCUUCAACAGGGACCCUGAGAAGCAGGCCAGCUACGGGUUCGGCAAUGCCGGCGAGAAGAAGGCAGGCCUCAAGGGCUUCCUCAUCUCCCGCCCGCUCGAAACGCUCCCUCGUUUCGCGACACAGCCGCGCGCUGAUCGUGAUAGCGCACCAGAACCGCGCUUCAAGUCAAGUACGACCGCUAUCUAGAGUACAUGCGCAUGCAUGCAUGCUCACGACGCCACACAUGACCUCGAACAAUCUUUUGCUUGUAUCUUUGUAAUUUUAUCUCCAACACUCUAACUGAGAAAUAGACUCUGCGAGUCCCUAAUAGUGUACACGUGCUGUAGCUUAAUAGAUACCCACAUGUAUGUAGGAUAGAUACCACUCAAGAUCUAAUGGAGUCCGUACGAUAU